CUCCUGCAAUCCAGCUGGUUCGGUUGGUGAAACUCAGGAAUCUGUAGGUGCAAAACAAGAAGGAAAGAAAGGAGGACGGAGAACAAUGAAGUUGGACAACAAGCCAUGAAGGUCCCAAGAUGGGGACUCCUUGGAGACUCCGUUCCUUUGCUGAAGUCUCUUUCCUGGCCCUAUGGAUCAUUCUGGUCCAAGCAAGCAGGAUCAAUAUAGUGUCCAUCCCGGAGACCCCUGCCGAAGGCCAGAAUGUCACUUUCUCCGUGGAAAGAGUGCAGGGGGACAUCGUGAAGUCAACUGGUUCCGAGGAAUGGACUCUCAGGGAUCUUCAAGGAUCUUCAGUUUUUUCCCCGGAAAUUAUCAUCCUCAACACAAUUGGAUUCAAUAUACCAACAGAGAAUUUGGUUUCCACAAUGGAUCUAUGCAGAUCACUGGGCUCAAGGCCAGUGACGUCGGCCAGUACAACGUUGUGAUUUUUCUGCGGCCCAAAGAAAUCCUCAACGCCUCCAUUGAUCUCCGGUUGGCUACACCACCUCUGGCCACGGCGACAUCGGCGACAACAGCAACAACAACAACGGUGACAACAGCAGCAACAGGAACCUCACCCAUUAAGGAAGUUCCCAAAGAGCCUUCGAAGUUGGGCUGGAUCGUGGCCGGGGUGCUGGUUGGCGUUUUGCUG